AUAUCACUGGGAUGAAAGGCAUGCUCCACUAUGCCUGGCUAGACUCAACAUUUUAAGAGCCUUUAAAAAAUAUACCUAAAGGCAGAUCACAAGAUGAUAGUUUAGCUAGUUAUCUUGGGUCUCUGGUAGAAUGUGCUAUAUAGAUGUUUAUAGUUAGUUUACCAUUUUGGAGAGAUGGGUAAUUGAACAUUUGUAACUAUAUGUUUCCUUAACAUUAAUCUUAGUAUGAAAAAUGAGAAUCCUUUUAACUGUGACAUUCUUACCAGCAUUAGAAAUCCUCUGUUGGCAAAAUCGAGUUGUUGCUGUGUAAGCUCUUUAACAUUGUAUCAUGUGGAAGUCUGAGCCACAGCAGAGCCAACGACUGUGGGAGAAGAGAGAGGGAGAACACAAUUAUUAACUUUUCCCCCUUUGUUUUUUUUAAAUUUGCACAGUGGAAGACACUGGUGUGUAAUACACCCUACAACACUUUAUAGUGACAGAAGGACAUCUUUCUUGUUCAAAUAGGCAGAAAACAAUACCCUAUGAUUUAAGAGUCCAUCACAUGUAAGAAUGCAGUUCUCUCAUAUAAGAAUGCAGUUCUAUUAUCAGGCAUAGGUUGAAUGAGAGAAAAAGUCAGCUGAUACUUCUUCUAGGACUGGUUGUUUUUUGUUUGUUUUUCUUUUUUUUUUAAUAUUUAUUUUUUUAGAUGUAGUUGGACACAAUGCCUUUAUUUUAUUUAUCUAUCUAUCUAUCUAUCUAUUUAUCUAUUUAUUUAUGUGGUGCUGAGGAUCGAACCAGGGCCUCGCACAAGCCAGAUGAGUGCUCUACCACUGAGCCACAACCCCAGCCCUUUUGUUUGUUUUUCUUUUUAGAAUUUUUUAAUAUUUAUUUUUUUAGUUUUCGGCGGACAAAACAUCUUUUUUGUUUGUAUGUGGUGCUGAGGAUCGAACCCGGGCCACACGCAUGACAGGUCUAUGAAGGGCUAGAUAUCAUCACCAACAAGGUUUCUGCCCAAGAGCAGAGAAUCUGCCAGCACCAUAUGAUCAGCUUCGUGGAUCCUCUUGUGACCAAUUACACAGUGGUGGACUUCAGGAACAAAGCAACUGCUCUGAUUGAAGAUAUAUUUGCUCGAGACAAAAUUCCUAUUGUCGUGGGAGGAACCAAUUAUUACAUUGAGUCUCUGCUCUGGAAAGUUCUUGUUAAUACCAAGUCCCAAGAGAUGGGCACUGAGAAAAGGGUUGACCGAAAAGUGGAGCUUGAAAAGGAGGAUGGUUAUGUACUCCACAAACGCCUAAGCCAGGUAGACCCAGAAAUGGCUGCCAAGUUACACCCACAUGACAAGCGCAAAGUGGCCAGGAGCUUGCAAGUGUUUGAAGAAACAGGAAUCUCUCAUAGUGAGUUUCUUCAUCGGCAACAUGCAGAGGAAGGUGGUGGUCCUCUUGGAGGUCCUCUAAAGUUUCCUAACCCUUGCAUCCUUUGGCUUUAUGCUGACCAAACAGUUCUAGAUGAGCGCUUGGAUAAGAGAGUGGAUGACAUGCUUACUGCUGGGCUCUUGGAGGAACUAAGAGAUUUUCACAGACGCUAUAAUCAGAAGAGCAUUUCAGAAAAUUGCCAGGACUAUCAACAUGGUAUCUUCCAAUCAAUUGGCUUCAAGGAAUUUCACGAGUACCUGAUCACUGAGGGAAAAUGCACACCAGAGACUAGUAACCAGCUUCUAAAGAAAGGUAUUGAGGCUCUGAAACAAGUAACUAAGAGAUAUGCCCGGAAGCAAAACCGAUGGGUUAAAAACCGGUUUUUGAGCAGACCUGGUCCCAGUGUCCCUCCAGUAUAUGGCCUAGAGGUGUCUGAUAUCUCAAAGUGGAAGGAAUCUGUUCUGGAACCUGCUCUUGAUAUAGUGCAAAGUUUUAUUCAGGGUCACAAGCCUGCAGUUGCUCCAAUGAAGAUGCCAUUCAAUGAAACUGAGAACAAGAGAAGUUACCAUAUGUGUGAUCUCUGUGAUCGAAUCAUCAUUGGGGACCGUGAAUGGGCAGCACAUAUAAAAUCCAAAUCCCAUUUGCACCAACUGAAGAAAAGAAGAAGAUUGGACUCAGAUGCUGUCAAUACCACAGAAGGCCAGAGUAUUUCCCCAGACUGUGACAAAGAAUUUAAAGAGAAGGGAUUCUCACAGCAGAAUGAUGAAGAGCUGAAAUCCAGCAUUUAAGAGACAUGUUCAGUGGCCUUUGCAAAGGUGGUGGGAAUACAGUUGAGGAUGGAGGGCUGUGCCUGUCUCCACAUCUGGGCUGAGGAGUACUGUUUAGAAAGCCUCACCAUUUUCUUUCAUUAAGUGGUGUGGUUUAAAAGUCUCAUGUUGUCUGUAAUGGAAACAGCAGGUCUUUCAGCUCCUUGUGUGGCUGUUGUGUCAGGGUAGGAAUUUUUUUUUCUUUGAACCUUAAAAGAUUUUAUUUUAAAAAGAAGCACAGAUUAUACAUUUUUAUACUUGAGGAUCUUUUUAGUGGUGAACACCAGGAUUCAUUACAUCUUUUAAAAGAAGUUUUUUGUUUUUUUUUUUUUUUUAAUCCCUGAUGCUGGAUAAAAUUUCUAAUUUCCAGCUGCUUCUGUAGGUGACUGAGAUAUUGCGUGCCACAAAUCAGGAAUUCUGGAUUUGAGUGGAUGGCAGGAAAGGACCAUCCCCAGUAAGAUGAUUAAGUGAACCAGACAAGUUCUUAGAAUUCCACAGUGAAGGAGGGAAUCAAACUGAAUUGUUGUUACCUGGAACUUGAAGACUAAAGACUUUGAAAUUCUUUGAGCUACUACUGUGUGAUAAUUGCCAUAAUUGUUGUGUUCUUGUUGAGUUAGAAAUCUCUGUUUUAAUUGAAAGCCAAAUAAAGUUUACGAAAGCCUCUUUGAUAUUAAAAAAAAAAUUGUAAGCCUGCAUCCAUUU